AUAUGUUUUGUUUACGUAAUUUUUCUCUUUAUAAAUACUUUUUAAGGAAAAUAGACAAAGCGUACUUCUACGUCCAAGAUCACUUUCCAAGGAUCCACUUGAUAUUUUUCGACAGGCAGAAUAAAUGGAGAUUCUCCCGCUAUAUUUUGAGUUACUUUUAUGGAAUUUUUAUAGCUUUUAUUUUCUGGGAAUUCAUUAUUUAUGAUCUUGGCUUUCCUCCUGACAUUUUAUAUUGUACUUUGAUUGGUUUCAUCGUGGUACUUGGGUUGGGGUAUACAUUCUCCAAGCGAAUAAGGUGCGUUGUUAUUCUCACUUGUCUAGGAUUCUGGGGAAAAUCCGGGAGAAGUUUUCUACGAGCAAUUACGUACGCUUUAAUCAUAUCAGGUCCAAUCAAAAAUAUGGCCGAAAACGGGCGAGAAACCAUUCGCGUUUUUUCAUGUUCUGCUGUGCUCACAUACAAUUUAACAAAAACACGCUUCGACCUCAUGACCAGACCAUUCGUCAACGCAAUUGUUGGCAUGAAGGAAAACGUCUCCACGAUAAAAGACAGUUUCGGAAAUUUGAAAACCGUCGUAGAACCAAUUGUUGAAGAAAUAGAAGAGCCUGAUUCAAACACUAACUUAUCUGAGGCAACUGAACGACGAAAGCGUACUAAUGAGGACAAAGUAGAAAGCGCUGAAUUCUACCAAGAAAAAUAUUCAAAGAAAAUAGAGGAGCGUUGUGAGGCACAGUUAAAGAAGGGCGAAGCAAAGUGCAAAAAGGCGUUUUCAGAAGCGUAUGAAAAGUGCUACGAAAAACUUCCUGCACUAAUCAACACUUUAUUCUGUUGGCCUAUGAAGAUUACGGUAGUUUGCAAUAUUAAAUUGUAUACGUUCAGUAUGAAGGGCAGAGGAGUUUGUGACCCAACUGGUGUAGUAGACGAACGACUUGGCGAGAAUUACCAUUACCUGAAAGAAACUAGGAAUAAAUUUGUAGCGAAUUUAAGCUCCGUGGAUUUGGAAUAUCAGGUGAUUUCUCCAAAGGAAAUUCCGGGAGUCAAAAAUAUAGAUGAAACCCGUAAGGAGCUAACUGAGAAGUUCGUUAAAAAUAAAAGCGCUUUUGACUACUGCAUGAAGAUCGUCAAAAGGAUUUUGGCGUUUAUUUUCAUAAAAGUAAUCAUCCAUGCCAUCAGCUAUCAAAGGCAAUAUGUGAACAACAUUGAAGCUGAUAAUAUCUACGUUACCGCUUACUUCAAAAGAAUUGACGAAAGACGAAAAGAAAGAGGUGAACGAUCGUUAUUGCCACUGAAAAAGAUUGAAAGUAGAGAAAUAAUUGACCCAACCGAUUAUCGACAAAGCAAAUCCGAGGGCAAGGGGAUGUUUUUACACAUCCUAAAAUUAUUGCUAGAAUUGAUAACGGCAUUGCUAUUUUUGUUGCUGGAUCACAUUAUCUACGUUCUCUUGGAUAUCGUGCGAAACAAUGCCCGCAUCGAGUAUUACCAAGAAGGUGAACAUAUUCUUAACAUUCAAGUUAAUGGAACUGGCAUCGUCGCUAAUCUUAUAAGAGCAACACUGAAAGGUUUCAACACGAAAGAAACCAUUCAUGUAAAACUAUCCAAUGAACAGUGCUUACCUAGGCCAAACCAUCUGCCCCCUUUAUUCUAUCUGAAAUUUGCUGCUCUAUAUUUCGCGUUAACAUUUUUAAUAUGCAAUCAGAGAAUUAUGUUCCGUUUAAGACAUGUAGUUUGCAGUUACUUCUACCGAAAACAAGAAAAGCGACGAGUGUUGCAUCUUUACAACAAACUUCUGAAGCGAAGGAAGCAAAUAUUUGUAACCAUGCAGGAAGUCGUAAGGAAUGAAGUGGAGAAGCAUAGAAUACAACAUCGGUUGAACUUUUUCGUGACCUUACGAAUGAAGUUUCCCGGCCUGUUUGGCUGGCUUCGAAACUUUCCAGUCGGCAGACGAUCUUGCCCCAUUUGCCGGGAGCCAGAACCAAAGAAAUAUGAUCCAUCAAGACCGCAUCACUUUGCGAAUUGUAAAACGCGUGGUUGUUACUUUGCGUUUUGUGAGGAAUGCUGGUUCGAUGCGGGAGAACAAUGUUUAGCUUGUACAGUUCAAAAAGUGAAAUCAAGUUCCCCAAUAACUUAGGACGAUUAUUAAAAGAAAAGAAAGCAUUUUUAGGAUGAAUAACUUUCCACCCUAGAGGCGAACACAUGCAGUGGAACGUCCUACUUGCUUUCAUGUUUGGAAUCCACCUAUUGGCGCAAAACCGAAUAGGACAGAAUCUUCAUGACGGGCUUAUGUAAAGCUUUCAUAUUCGAAUUUUCAUU